AUGGGGAUUGCGGGACUCCACGGCCUCCUCAAAUCCAUCCAGAAACCAUGUAACCUGCGCAAAUUUAAAGGCCAGACCCUAGGCGUCGACGCCUAUGGCUGGCUCCAUCGAGGAACAGUCGCGUGCGCCAUCGACCUCGCUCUCGACAAGCAUAAUACCAGAUACGUCGACUUCGCCAUGAACCGCGUCCGCAUGCUCCUCCACUUCGGCAUAAACCCUUACCUAGUCUUCGACGGUGACAACCUCCCCAGCAAAGCAGGCACCGAAUCCUCCAGAGCCAAACGGCGCGAAGAGAGCAAAAGGCUCGGCCUAGAACUAUUCCAUGCAGGCCGCAUAUUCGAGGCCCAGCAGGAGCUGCAGAAGGCCAUCGACGUCACACCUUACAUGGCCCGGCUGAUGAUCGAGGAGCUGAAAAGGGUGAAGGUGCAGUAUAUCGUUGCACCUUACGAGGCGGAUGCACAGCUCGUCUACCUCGAGCGCCAGGGGAUCAUUGACGGGAUCAUAUCGGAAGAUUCGGACAUGCUUGUCUUUGGCGCGAAGAGAUUGUUGUCUAAGCUUGAUAAGCAUGGCGAUUGUGUGGAGAUUAAUCGAAGUGAUUUUACGGCUUGUCAGGAUAUUAGCUUGAUUGGGUGGACGGAUGCAGAGUUUAGGGCUAUGUGCAUUCUCUCCGGUUGUGACUAUCUGGAUAACCUGCCGAGGAUGGGGCUGAAGACGGCGUAUCGAAAUAUAAGGAAGUAUAAAACUGUCGAAAAGACUAUGAAGAUGAUUCAGUUUGAGGGGGGUAGUCGGGUGCCCCCGCAGUACCUGGAGGAUUUUAAACGGGCUGAAUUUACCUUCUUGCAUCAGUUGGUGUUCUGCCCCGUCGCUAGGAGGCUGGUUACAUUGUCCCCGCUCUCAGGCAACAUGACGCUGGAAAGUAUGCCAUUUGUUGGUGCGGAUAUAGAUCCAGAUACGGCUAUCGGGAUCGCCUGCGGGGAUCUGGACCCCAGGACGAAGGAAGCUAUAGUUCUACGACCGUCGUACCCGGAGCGAUCGAGGUUGGUUCGACGCCAGACCAUGCCGGCGUCGGUGGGGUCUAAGAAACCUGGAGCAUCUAUAAAUGAAUAUUUCACGCCAAAACGCGUUCCCCUGGGUGAAUUGGACCCGAACAGCCUUACGCCCUCACCUAGUCAACAACGCCUUUUAGAUGCGAAUACGCAGCGGUCGUGGGUGGCUAGCUCCGCACCGGCGAGGGUUAGUGGUCGCAGAAUGGAUUCUUUCGCUUCAUCAUCUCCUGCUUCUUUCUCUAUUUCCACUUCCACUUCCACUUCAACUUCAGCUCCUGCCUCUGCUCCUGCGCUUUCCAGGCGGGUAUACGAAACACCACAGAGCAGCGAGAGGGAGAGGUUCCUCGCCAGCGCUUCAACCGUGUCGAAGUUCCAGCCUGUUAAGCGGCAGCGCCUGUGUUCGGAUACCGACGAGGAGGUGGCUGCUGCUGCUGCUGUGCUAGGGACUCCUGAUGGGGAACGAAGUCGGUUCUUUGCUGCAGGUGCUGUGGGGGCCAAAAGCAGUCCGACGGCUAGCAUUGGUAUUAGUGGUCGGGAGAAGGGGAGGGUUAAGAAGGCUAGGAUGUCUGAUUUUGGUGUGUUUUCGGAUGAGAUUGUGGAAGAUAUCAUGGUGCAGCUUCCGGAUGAGGUGGGUUUGGAUGGUGGGACUCCGGGUUGUGAAAUGGGUUUGUCUCCGAGUACGGUAGCGAGAGGCGAUGUGGAUGUGAAGCGGGAUACUGGGGAUACCCAGGAGAGUGUGACGGUGGAAGAAGAAGCAGAAGAAGAAGACAAUAGUGCUGCAGCCACGACUGGGUUGACGCAGGCGAUGAUGGGGGUUUCACCUGGUAGUGAGGGUGAGGCUGAUUCCAAAUUGUUCAUCGAGCCGCUUGAAUACGACUACGAUGACGACGACGCAAGCAAGGCAAAGACGACGAGGACCUCGAAGUUACUUGAUAGAUUUGCGUUCGUCGAAUCGAAGGCGCAAGCCGUGAACCAGGCUGCUGAAAGCAAACGGGUGCAUGAUAUUGCAAGAAAAAAGGCGCCUAUCUUAGAGAGCCCCAGUGCGAUACUCCAGCAGCAGCAGCAGCAGCAACAGCAGCGGGGCCGUGCGCGGGAUCUGGCGCGGAUGACGCCCUUGCAGCGCCUGAGGCAGGCUGCGUUGCAUCGGUCUAGGUCGAUGGAGUGUUUGAGGUCGAGGCAGUUGGUGCAUGAUGCAGAUGGGUUUGAUGAUGGUGGGGAAGAUGGGGAGGAAAAGACGAGGAGAGAAGAAGCAGAGGAGGAGGUUGGUUUUGUCAGUGAUGAUACGCCGUCGCGACUUCGGCCUGUGUCAUUGCCCACGAAGAAGUUUAUGGCGGGAACUGAGGGACCAUGUUUCCCUGUGUUGAAUAUGAGAGAGGGAGGGAGGGGGAGUGAGGAUUUUAUUGUGCCAGACAGUGAAGAAGAGGAGGGGGAGGGGGAGGAGGUGGUGGAUUUGGAUUUGUUGCGGAAUGAUGUGGGAAAGGUAGGGGAAGAGGAAGAAAAGGGGGAGGGGGAUGCUGCUGUUCCAGCUGCUGUUCCAGCUGCUGUCGCUGUUGAUGCGGACUUUAAGCGCUUUAUGUUCACGGCUGGGUUUAUUCCUCUAAUCGGCUACCACCAUCUCCUGAUGAUAUUCAUUGCCCUGGCUAUAAUAUUACUAUCCCUCCUACUAGCAGGCUGCUCAUCUUCUUCCCCGCAAAUCCCAACAAUCUUCCUAAUAUCCCUCUUCUACGAAAAAUAUACACCGGUCUUCGACCCUGCCAUCGUCUCCCCAGGCAUCAACACAGCCAUGACGAACAUCGUCGGUGGCGCACAGCUGGAAGUCCGCGUGGGCUACUACGGAAUAUGUAUCCAGCCCACCGGCGGUGCAUUCAUGUGUAAUCAAAAUGCUACGGCGCUGGCGGACAUGUUGCAGUCCGAGGACGAUCCGCUGAAUCUCGUAUGGGUUGCUGCGACGUUUAAGGAUGCGGUUGUUUUUCCAUAUUUAAUAAUCGUCGCCAUAAUCCUCGCCUUCAUCUGCUUCAUUCUCCUCGCCACUUUCCCCGGCUGGCACGAAGAGAUCACCGAAGACGGCUCGGAUCGCGAAGUCAAGCCCUUCCCCUCCCGGUUCGUGUCGCAAAUAGCAUUAGCGCUGAUCUUCAUCUCGUCCGUGUUCGUCCUGGUGUCAGUGCUAUGGCAGCAUACGGCAUCUGUGGCAGCGAGCACGAUAGCGCAGGAUCUAGGCAAUGGGGUGGUGAGGAGUGGGGUGGGGACAUCGGCGAUGAUAUUGGGGUGGUUUGGGUUUGCAUUGCUGAUUAUUGUGACGGUUGGGUUGUUGGUGAUGAUUUUGAGUAUGAGUCUUUUGGAGAAGUUGACGGAUGGUUGA